CGCUAUCGAUUUUUUCCCCCCCGAUGACUUUUCCUUCAAAUAAUGAGAUUCAAAUAGCGAGAGAUAGGCGGGACUUCCUGUGUUCGACCCUGUGUUUAUUUUUUGCAGAGCCAAAUAUCGUCCACGGAGGUCUCCCAUUCGCAGAACCAUCUUGCAUCAUGCCAGACUUCUUAGUGAUUAAGAGCUGCUUCCUGAGUUGCUUAUUAGUACUGCUUCAGACAUCGAGCUCACAGCAGGACGAGCAAAGCCAGCUGCUGCUGGUGUCCUUUGACGGCUUCCGCUGGGACUAUGUGAAUCGAGUACCCACACCCAAUUUCCGUGCCCUGAUGGAUGAGGGUGUGCAGGUGGAACAAGUGGAGAACACCUACAUCACCAAGACCUACCCUAACCACUACACCUUAGUGACAGGAUUACACGCCGAAACCCACGGCAUGGUCGCCAAUGAAAUGUACGACCCCGUUCACAACCGCUCUUUUUCCAUGGAGGGAUCUGAAGCGUCCGAUGCGUGGUGGUGGGAGGAGGCCGUGCCGCUGUGGGUCACCAAUCAAAAGGCUGGCCGGAAGAGCGGCGCUGCCAUGUGGCCUGGGUCAGACGUAGCGAUUGGCGGAACGUAUCCAACACAUUAUUUGAGUUAUAAUGCGUCAAUGCCUUUCGAGACCCGAGUGGAGAAACUCAUUAACUGGUUCUCGGGGCCAGAGGCCAUCAGUUUUGGCGUCUUGUAUUGGGAGGAGCCGGACGAGAGCGGGCAUAACUUGGGGCCGGAGAGCCCGCUGAUGGAUGUAGUCAUAGCGGACAUCGAUGAGAAGUUGGGAUUCCUCAGGGAAAAGCUCAAAGCUGCUGGCCUUUAUGACAAAGUCAAUGUCAUCGUCACGAGUGAUCAUGGAAUGACGCAGUUAUCGCAUGAUAAGAUUAUCGAGCUGGACACCUACGUCAGCCGCGAUCUUUACACAUGGAUAGACAAGAGCCCUGUAGUUAGCAUUUUGCCGAAAGAAGGCAAACUUGAAGAAGUCUAUAAUUCGUUGAAAAACGCCAACCCUAACAUGGUUGUGUAUAAAAAGGAGGAGAUCCCAGACCAUUACCACUACAGACACAAUGCCAGGAUCAUGCCUCUGAUCAUAGAGGUCAAAGAGGGCUGGACGGUCAUGCAGAACAGGAACGGAUCUUUUAUGUUGGGAAACCAUGGCUAUAACAACAGCCUCCCCAGCAUGCACCCUGUGUUUGUCGCCCGCGGACCAGCUUUCCGCCGCGACUACACCAAGUCCUCCAUGCGCUCCGUCGAUCUCUAUCCUCUCAUGUGCAGCAUUCUUGGUCUCAAGCCCUUACCUAACAAUGGCUCUUUGUCAAGCGUACAGGAUCUUUUAGUGGAGACGUCAACCCCAAAGCCAGUGGUCCCGCCCUUGCCCAGAGAGCCUUCCUGUGCGUGGGCCGUGGGAUCGGUCCUCGGCGCUGCCCUCGUGAUCGGGUUCCUCUUCAUUUUUGUGCAGCAGGUGACUCAGAGGCAGCAUCUGCCGCUGCAUCUGUCCAACAGUGAGAUAACACAGCCCUUACUGUAGGGUCAAACACAAGGGUCGUUGGCACUUUUCUCAUUCGAGGUUCUCAAAGUGUGUAGCACUGAUUAUUUCUCUAGUGCCGUAUAUCUCGAUUCAUGCUAAUAUAAUUCAGAUAACACUUUUUAAGCAGCCAGCAUGGUUGCUCGAAUUCAAAAGCGAUCGUUAUCCACGGUAAUGUGCCAAAGCCGAAUAUAUACCAAAAGCAAUAUGGGGAAAGAUGCUACAGUGGAAAAAGGUUGCGCAAUCAUCAAAAUCAUAGCUGACUAAGCCAACGGUGCCCUCUUCUGGUGAAGCUGUCGGUGAUACCUUUAUUCUAGUCAUCUAAAAUCUAGUAUGUGAAAAAAAACAAAAAAACAAGUUAGCAUCCCCAUGCUUUUUUUUCAAUUUGAAUCUGAAAUUUAUUUAAUAAAAGAGAUGCCCUAUUCUCUUGAGUUUGCAUUAAGUGAAUGUCCUGGGUUCAAACUGAUAGCAUUUGUGGCAUAAAGUCAAUUAUCACAAAAAUGUAUUUCUCCAUCCCACCUUUAUUUUCCAAAAUAAGUAAUUGAAGAUCUGGGAUACACUUACACAAGGCCCUUAAAUUGGAAAACAGACUAUUCGUAGACAUUAAAAACGUUUUAAUAGUAUAGACACAGGCGGCAAAAAGUAUCAAUGUUAACAUAAUUUUAACCUUUUUUGUGUAUUGUAUUCACUAUUUUAUUUUCCCCCAUGUCAACUCAAUGCUGUAAACCAUAAACCCUAAAAAGACUGUAAAAAUGAUUCAAACUGCUUUACAGUCCAAAUGUGCAAACAAUAAAAAAAAACUAUACUACAUUUUAAGUGAUUUCAUAAUAUGGCAGGCUUCGCUUUUUUUCAGGAAUCUGAUAAAAGGGAAAUUCUAAAGAACAGCCUAUAUUUGAAAAAGAAAUGUUUUGUAACAUCAAUAUCACUUUUAAGCUCAAAACAUUAUUUUAACAUCAUUUAUAAAAAUGGCAAGCUUGCCCUCAUUUACUUACAAUGGAAGUGCCUCAUAGUAACUUCCCCGUUUCUUUUUUCUUCUAAAUAAGUACAACGAACACUGCCAUAAAUGCUGCUGAACCCAGAACAUUCUAUUAACUGAAUGUCACGGAUAUUUAAAAUUCUGAACAGAACUAUUUAAGGGACGUUAGUAGCAGUCGCUUUUUUAAUUUGUUGUUAUUCUCAUACCCAUAGUACAUUUGUUUGUCGAUUAGUUAGAUGCAGUCGUUUAAGUUGGCACAUUAAUGUUAAUAAGUGUUAAUGAAAAAAAAGCUGGUAGUUGUCAAACUACCUCCGUGUUGCACUAAGAUCAAUGUAAGCUAAUCAGGAUAGAGAGAAGUAUUAGACUAGUCGGGUGUUUUACCUUAUCUGCAUUUUGCACAAUGUAAUACCAUCCAAAAUUUAUAUUAAAAAAAAAAAGUGUGUAUGUGCCAAAAUCCUCAAUGAUGGACAUAAAGUAGUAAUAGUAUUAAGUCCUGCAUUAAUGUAUUUUGUACUUUUUGAAAAUAGCAUUUAACAAAAAGCCCUGUGUAGGGCAAAACACUGUGAUCCGUCUUCUACUGGUGCAAAGACUAAAUGGAAAAUAAUAUUUAUGAUCUUUGAUAUAAAUGUUGCUGAAGUAGAAAUAGUUAGCUGCUUGCAGAAUGUUAGGAUUGUUUCUGUUUUUAAGAAGGGUUAUGACUUUCUCUAUAGAUGUGUGCAGAGACUGUUGUGUUUUGUGUUAAGUAUUUCUAUGAUUUACUGGUUGUGUCUUACAUGUUUUGGAUUUUAUGGCCUGAUGUCUGAUUUUGGUUUGUCUGAAGUCCCAUAACUAAAACAUUACUUUAAAUGUGCUACAUUAAAAGGUAAAUAAAGGCCCGGUUUGGAAACA